AUGGCAGCCAGACGAACAAGAGGUCGUCAAAUGAUUCCCAUCCAACAAAUCGAGAACCAAAGCGAUAGGUACGCUUCAUUCUCGAAGCGUCGUCUGGGCCUUUACAAUAAGGCGAGCGAGCUCAGCACCCUAUGUGGUGCUGAUAUGGGGAUAAUGAUCUUUUCCCCGACAGGACAUCCAUACUCAUUCUUCAGCCCGAGUAUAGAUGUCCUAAUGAGGAGAUACAGAUAUCCCAACCAGCAGCCUGAUCAUAUGACGCGGUACAUUGAGAAUCAUCUCCGGAACCAAGUCCAGCAGCAGAAUCAACAGCUGGACGAGGUUUUAGAGAUGAAAGAUGAAAUAAUAAUAAGAGAUAAAGAACUCAAUGAGAUCAAACAAACUCGAAUAAAGGGAUGGUGGGAACAGGUACCUGUUGAGAGCCUCAACCCAAGAGAGAUCCUAGAGUGGAUCGCCUGGUUCGAGACCCUUCAAGCCCGAGCCCACCGGAUGAUAGGGGAGAUAAGGAACGGCGCCGGGACUAGUGGCGGUGCCGCUGUUGCAAUUCAAGAACAACAAGUAAUUUUGCAACAGCAUACCAUUCCGAAUCUUCCCGCAAAUCAUGUCAUUCCGACAACCUAUAAUCUGCGGGCAGGGCCAUCGCUGUCUUCAAACCACUAUAAUGUCGUUCCACAGCCUUCGUCAUCCAUAACUCAACCUCAGCAAGAAUCGAUCAUGGGAGAUCAAAACACGGGCGGCGUUUCUAGUCCGUUUUAUCAUUUUUCAGGAUCUUUUAUUGAUGAGGAUUUAUUUAGAAUGGAUGAUGAUAUUGCGGCGUUGUCUGUCGGAUCAAAUUGGAGCUUCUUCCCGCUGGAUCAAAACCCUGAUGAUGGCUCCAACAACGGCGGCGACAAUAGUGGCAACAAUGGUGGCGGCGACGAGGGUUCUAACUUGUGA